GUGCUCUGCUGGACACUGAUAGAAGUCACAAGACUGCUCUAUACUGCUGAUGAAAAAAGGGAUUUUGCAGUUUAUAUUUACUAAAAUAAUUGCAUUUCCAUGUUCUGUUUACUGUGGGAGACUAGAUAUAGUGAAUGCGGGGUCCGGGGAGAGCAGAUAUAGUGAAUGCGGGGUCCGGGGAGAGCGGAUAUAGUGAAUGGGGGGGUCCGGGGAGAGCGGAUAUAGUGAAUGCAGGGGGUCCGGGGAGAGCGGAUAUAGUGAAUGCGGGGUCCGGGGAGAGCGGAUAUAGUGAA